GCGAGAUGGCUGCUGUGUAUGGGGGAGUGGAGGGGGGAGGCACACAUUCUAAAGUGAUUUUGAUUUCAGAAGAUGGGCGGAUCCUGACUGAGACAGAGGGUCCUUGUACCAAUCACUGGUUGGUCGGCAUAGACAAGUGCCUGGAGGCCAUCAAUGCCAUGGUUACUGAAGCCAAGCAGAAAGCUGGUCUGGACCCUCACAUUCCCCUCCGAUCCCUGGGCAUGUCCCUGAGUGGAGGAGAACAGAAAGAAGCCACCGCCCACCUCGUUGAGGAGCUGACAAUCCGCUUCCCACAACUUAGUGAGAACUAUCACAUUUCCAAUGACGCCAUUGGGGCCAUGGCCACUGCCUCGGAGCUGGGUGGGGUGGUGCUGAUCUCCGGGACGGGAUCCAACUGUAAACUGGUGAACCCGGAUGGGACGGUCGUCGGCUGUGGUGGCUGGGGCCACAUGAUGGGAGAUGAAGGAUCAGCCUAUUGGAUAUCCCAUCGGGCCAUGAAGAGCGUUUUUGAUGCCACCGACAACCUUGUGGCUCCUCCGCACGACAUUGGCUACGUCAAGCAGGCCAUGUACAGCUACUUCCAGGUGUCUGACCGGCUGGGCAUCCUCACUCACCUGUACAGGACCUUUGAGAAGUCCAAGGUGGCCGGAUUCUGUGUAAAGUUGGCAGAAGGGGCUGAGCUCGGGGAUCCCUUGUGUCGAUCCGUAUUCCGAAGCGCCGGAGAGAUCCUCGCCCGUCACAUCGUGGCCGUCCUUCCCAAAGCCGAUAAGAUUCUAUUUCAAGGAGACUCGGGGCUGCCGAUCUUGUGCGUGGGCUCCGUGUGGAAGAGCUGGGAACUGAUGAAAGAUGGUUUUAUACAGGUGUUGGCCGACAAGCACAAGGAACAAGCUGGAGGCUCCUUCUCCAGAUUCAGCCUCCUGAAACUCAAGCAGUCAUCUGCCGUGGGCGGGGCCAGCCUGGGAGCCAGGAAUAUUGGCCAAAUUCUGCCUCUGAACUAUGAGGCCAAUGUCGAUGUCUUCUACACACAUUCCUUCUCCUAGGCCCUUCCCUUCCUAAAGUGCAAUUACUCAUGUGAUUAGCAAGGGCCACGGUGCAUUCAGAUGUUUAAGGAGAGUUGUAGUAAGUAAUGGGGGAUACUCAUGCUGUACAGACUAUGAGCAAACGUAAGGGAUUUUGCUGAAUUGUGCUUAGUACAGGGGAAUACCUAUGCUGCCAUAGUUUUAUGGGAUCUCUCUGUACAGACUAUGAGCAAACUUAGGGACUGUUCCUGCUGAAUUGUGCUUAGUACAGGGAAUACCUAUGCUGCCAUAGUUUUAUGGGAUCUCUCUGUACAGACUAUGAGCAAACUUAGGGGACUGUUCCUGCUGAAUUGUGCUUAGUACAGGGAAUACCUAUGCUGCCAUAGUUUUAUGGGAUCUCUCUGUACAGACUAUGAGCAAACUUAGGGGACUGUUCCUGCUGAAUUGUGCUUAGUACAGGGGAAUACCUAUGCUGCCAUAGUUUUAUGAGAUCUCUCUGUACAGACUAUGAGCAAACUUAGGGGACUGUUCCUGCUGAAUUGUGCUUAGUACAGGGAAUACCUAUGCUGCCAUAGUUUUAUGAGAUCUCUCUGUACAGACUAUGAGCAAACUUAGGGGACUGUUCCUGCUGAAUUGUGCUUAGUACAGGGAAUACCUAUGCUGCCAUAGUUGUAUGGGAUCUCUCUGUACAGACUAUGAGCAAACUUAGGGACUGUUCCUGCUGAAUUGUGCUUAGUACAGGGGAAUACCUAUGCUGCCAUAGUUGUAUGGGAUCUCUCUGUACAGACUAUGAGCAAACUUAGGGACUGUUCCUGCUGAAUUGUGCUUAGUACAGGGAAUACCUAUGCUGCCAUAGUUGUAUGGGAUCUCUCUGUACAGACUAUGAGCAAACUUAGGGACUGUUCCUGCUGAAUUGUGCUUAGUACAGGGAAUACCUAUGCUGCCAUAGUUUUAUGGGAUCUCUCUGUACAGACUAUGAGCAAACUUAGGGGACUGUUCCUGCUGAAUUGUGCUUAGUACAGGGGAUACCUAUACUGCCAUAGUUUUAUGGGAUCUCUCUGUACAGACUAUGAGCAAACUUAGGGGACUGUUCCUGCUGAAUUGUGCUUAGUACAGGGAAUACCUAUGCUGCCAUAGUUUUAUGGGAUCUCUCUGUACAACUGCAUUGACUAUUAAAAUAAGAAGGGGAACGUUCCUAUCAGACCAACCCCUUUGCUAUUCUGCUGAUACCAUCCAGUACAGCCCCUUUAUCCCAGUAUUUAAAUCCCAUGGGAACUGCUUCUUGUUUGGGGCUGAACUAUGCCUACAGAUCCCAGCAGCCUCUGCCAUGGAAAUCACCGUAUGUGCUUUGCUGCAAUUACCAAGCACUUGUACUGUAUGUUCCUCUCUCAGGUAUUGGGUUGCAUUGCCAUCUAGGGUGUAUCAUGGCUUAGAAAUGUGCUGCACCCCAUUCACUCACUGUCCUGCAACAAUAACACUUAAAGAGACUUGUGUGUGUGAUGGGAGCCCUCAGGGCUUAUUGCCUCCUUCCUUACUGGAUAUUGUGCAUCUGAAUUUUAUAUUGUUUUAAAUAAAACCA